AUGUUCAGGCAAGUACUCGUGGCCCGUGAGCAUCAGGAUUUUCAACUCAUAUUAUGGCGCUUUUCUCCUUCUGAGCCCAUAAAAGAAUUUCGUUUGAGAACUUUGGUGUUUGGUAUCAAGAGUAGUCCCUUCCUGGCCAUGCGUUGUAUCCGACAAUUGGCUGAAGAGCACAGUUACGAAUUCCCUGAGGCCUGUGCUGUCCUCCAGGAUGAUAUUUUCGUGAAUGACAUAGUAUCAGGUAGUGAUUCGCUUUCAGGUGCUAUUCAGCUGCAGACGCAGCUCACUGAAGUUUUAAGCAGAGCAGGCUUUGAACUUCGUAAGUGGAGCAGUAACAAUGCUGAUAUGCUUCAGCACCUCACAGCUUCUGUUUCUAAUUCGCAACCCCUCACUCUUGAUUUGGAGCCUGACUCUGUUAUAAAGAUAUUGGGACUUCAGUGGAAUCCUUCGACUGAUGCAUUUUCUUAUAGCGUGCAGCCUAUCAGUAAAACUUGCACAAAACGCAAUAUUCUCUCUGAAUUGGCCCGUAUUUAUGAUCCCCUCGGAUUUCUAACACCAUUUGUUCUGUAUUUGAAGCAUCUUAUCCAGAGGUUGUGGACUUUAGGUUUGGACUGGGAUGAUGCCCCUCCCAAGGAUUUGGUGCAGAUGUGGCCGUUGCUAAAGUCUGAAAUGUGUCAUUUGACUGGCAUUGCAAUUCCCCGAUUAAUCAUUUCAGCUAAGAUGCGCUCGUGUCAACUACAUGGCUUUUGUGAUGCGAGUAAUGUUGGCUAUGCGGCGGUUGCGUAUGUUCGCGUUGUAGAUGAGCUGGGUCACAUCGCCACCCACCUACUCUGUGCAAAAUCGAGGGUUGCACCACUGAAGAGGGUGUCAAUACCUCGAUUGGAACUUUGUGCAGCUCUUUUACUCGCUGAGCUGCUGGACAGAGUCCAAGUUGUAUUUGGGACGAAGCUAGUUUUCGAUAAGGUGUUUGCAUAUUCAGACUCCAACGUUGCGCUCUCGUGGAUACGCAGCAGCCCCUAUAAGUGGACUUGUUUUGUUUCUAAUCGAGUCACUCUCAUUCAGGAGAAGGUACCACCAUCUGUAUGGAAUCACGUGACUUCUGGUGAUAACCCCGCUGACCCUGCCUCCAGAGGAGUCGCUCCAGUCGCUCUUUUGAAACUCUCUCUAUGGUGGGCGGGACCUUCUUGGUUGCAGUGGCCCGAGUGUGAUUGGCCUACGAACCACAAUAUUUCGUUUGAAACAAACGAGGAGAGGAGGCAAUCGGUGUUCGCUACCAUUAUUGAUGAGGAGAAAGAUUUUUUGCAGAACCUUCUUGAUAAUGUGUCCUCGUUCCCCAAGGUUCAGAGAGUCGUCGCUUAUGUGAAAAGGUUUGUUUUCAACUGUAGAAACCCUAACGGUGCUCUCAAGGGCACUGUUACUUCCAUGGAGUUGGAGUCAGCUCUAACGGACCUCAUAAGGUCAACGCAGAUUUCUGCCUUCUCAAGAGAGAUGCUCCUCUUGAAAAAGGGGAAUUCUCUUCCAAAAUGUUGGAGGAAAUUAACCCCGUUCCUUGAUAAGCUGGGUAUCUUGAGGGUGGGCGGAAGAUUGGUGAACUCUCGCCUAGGCUACGAUCAGGUUUACCCUAUUCUCUUACCAAGUCGCCACAGGUUCACCGAAUUGAUGAUUGAGUAUACCCACAGAAAAUACUUACAUGCUGGUUUGCAAACGCUGAACAAUUUGAUAAUUCAACGCUACUGGAUCUUCUCGGCUAAAAGAACUAUUCGUAGAAUAUUGGCUAAGUGUAACCGGUGUUUUCGAGUAAGACCCUUAUCCUCACAACCCCUAAUGGGUGAUCUUCCGGCUGUUCGUGUUACCCAAGUUAAACCUUUUUUGAACGUCGGUGUAGAUUAUGGCGGACCCUUUUUCAUAAUAAUGAAUCGUGUUAGAGGUACUAAGACUUUGAAAGCAUAUAUUUGCCUUUUUGUUUGCAUGGUAACCAAAGCCAUUCACCUAGAAUUGGCGUCGGAUCUCUCUGCCGACACUUUUCUCGCUGCCUUACGAAGGUUCAUAUCGAGAAGAGGACAAUGUCUUCACAUAUAUAGUGAUCAGGGUACUGCCUUUCGUGGAGCUGCUAAUCAGCUCAGGAAGUUGAUGAAGGAAGCCGCUGAUACAGAAAAUAUUGAAUUUCACAAUAUUCCUCCAGUUUCGCCAAAUUUUGGGGGUAUCUGGGAAGCCGGCAUAAAGUCGGUAAAAACGCAUUUAAUUCGCGUAGUAGGAGAUCAACGUCUUACGUACGAAGAGUUUAACACCGUUUUAGCCCAAAUUGAAGCAGUGUUGAAUUCACGCCCUAUAUCGCCUUUAAGCACGGAUCCGAACGAUCUGAAUCCUCUCACACCCGGUCAUUUUUUGACGUUAGCCCCUUUAAAUUCGUUGCCUGAGAAUGACUUGCUAGAUUGCAAUAUGAACAAAUUGUCACGAUGGCAGCUGGUGCAAAAAAUAAGCCAAGAAUUUUGGUCUCGAUGGCAUAAAGAGUACCUGCAUACGCUACUGCAACGCUCUAAAUGGACCAAUCCCUCUGUACCCAUUGAGCUUAAUACUUUGGUCUUACUAAAAGACGAAUUGUCUCCUCCUCUCAAGUGGCAUUUGGGCAGAGUGAUUGAACUCCAUAGUGGCGCAGACAAGGUGACACGAGUGGUCACUGUUAAAACUCUGGUUUUUGAUUCCUCUGCAAGUUUGAAAAAAACUGGACACAUGAGGCUGAACAGAUGUCACCGUAUCAUUAUUGAGAUAAACUCGCUUCGCAAACGAUCUCGUUAG